AUGGCGUACCCUUCUUUGGUCGAAGUCGACAAUAUCGAAAUCGUCGUUCUGGUCAACGAUGAGAUCGACUACAUCUCACCCAGUCCGAAUGCCCACGUCAAGCACACUCAGUCGUUCCGUGGCGCGCCUGUCGAUGUGCUUCCAGAUCCAGCGGCUAGAGGCGGUGCAAAGGUGGAGUUUCCGAUGAGGAACCUCUGUUGUGGCGCACUUGGCCUUUCGCUGCUCAUUACUGUUACCAAGGAUGGGAAAAGCCACAGCUUGCUGUUCGACAGUGGACCCGAGGGCGAUAUUUUUGAGAGAAAUGCCAAGCGACUUCGACUCGACUUGAGCAAGGUUCAAGUUAUGACUCUGUCUCAUUGGCAUCGCGAUCAUUCUGGCGGCAUGGUCUCUGCCAUCAAACUCGUCAACGAGGGAAAAGCGGAUGGCGAUAGAGUCACAGUUGUCGUCCCUCCCAAUCGUCCUGCGCACCGAGGCAACAAUGGGGGACCGCACAUCUUGUCGCUUGAAGCAGACCCUACUCUGGAGGAACUUGAGAAGGCAGGUGGCAAGGUUGAGACCAAUACUCAGCCGCAGACGGUGCUGGACGACAUGUUUUUGAUCUCGAGCGAAAUUCCUCGACAGACGGACUAUGAGCUUGGAGUCCGGGGCGGUAUCCGCUAUGAGCCUGAGACCAACACGUGGGAAAAGGACGAACUCAUCAUGGAUGAGCGGUUUGUCAUGUGCAAGAUCAAAGACAAGGGACUUGUCGUCUUCACCGGCUGCAGCCACGCCGGUCUUAUCAAUGUUGCCAGGCACGCCAAAGAGCUUGACAACAGCCCCAUUCACGCGAUUGUCGGUGGCUACCAUCUGGCAGACGCCGCCCCGGAAAAGAUGAAGAAGAGUAUCGAGGACCUCAAGGCGCUCAAGCCCACGGUACUUAUGCCAGGUCACUGCACGGGAUGGAGGUUCAAGGGACUCAUUGAGAAGGAAAUGCCGGGCCAGAUGGCACCUGUUUUUGGUGGAACCAAGUACCACCUUUGA